AUGUUAAACAGUGGCCUUUCUCUUCGGCUAUUGGUGUGGCUGUAUGUGACUGGAGUGGUCUCUGCAAGUGUUUUUUCCAACAAUUCUGACCAGUCGCAAGUUCUAGAAGCCACAGAGGGCCUGAUACAGCGCUAUGCAGCACGUGCAUAUGAUACCAGUCAGGGACUGACAGCUGAGGAGUUUACCAACUUCCUGGUGUCGGCAACGGGGCACACGAGAUCUCACAUUGAGACUGUUUUGGGAACGUGCCAAGAUGCGGUAAACUGCACUAAGUUGACCCAGUGUCCAGGAAUAGAAGAAGUGUUCCUGGCAUUUACACAAGACACUCAACUGAAAGCUGAAGGACUCAUCCAUGCACUGCCAGUCAUCUUCAACACUCUAACCUCUGAGAAUUGUUCAGAUCCGCACAUUCAUAAUAACACAAGUGGCUUGCGCCAUCGAAAGCCUACUGUUGGUCAAGCAUGGGGAUACAGUAUUGGGUUUACCAGCAUUGUCAUCGUAAUCUCAAACAUCGGGGCUUGCUUGGGUCCCAUUAUGGACAAAAGGUACUUCAAGCGUAUUCUCCAAUUUUUGGUAGCAAUGGGAGCCGGUUCCCUGGCCUCUACUGGCUUGCUGGUGUUGAUUCCAGAAGCAUUUGACAUUGUGGCCUUCGAGGAGCUACAAGGUUAUGUAUGGAAGUCGACUGUGGCCAUAUUUUCUCUGUAUGUGUUUUUCUGCAGCGAGCGAAUCUUGAAGAUCUUUUUGAGCAAACGAAGGAAACUGAAACAAAACAUAUCCCUUACUGUUGAAGAGCCUAGCAAAAAUGGUUUUGAAGACCUGUCCUUAACACCGCUGAACAAGAACAAGAAAGAAGAUUCACACGGACAUUCACAUCUCUCCGCUGACGACGACCACGCCGACCGAAAAACUCUGGCCUGGAUGGUGAUGGCAGGAGAUGUGCUCCACAAUUUUGUUGACGGGUUGUCAAUAGGUGCUGCCUUCACUGAGGACAUUGCGCUGGGGAUCAGUAUCUCCCUGGCUGUAGUGUGCGAAGAGCUUCCUCACGAAUUGGCCGAUAUAGCCAUCUUACUGCACUCUGGGUUGUCCAUGAAAAAGUCGUUAUUCAUCAACUUCCUGUCUGCCUGCGUCAUCUAUCUGGGUGUCAUUCUGGGCGUAAUGCUGAGCAGUAUGAUCACUGAAGCCAACAAAUGGAUCUUUGCUAUGGCGGGUGGACUUUUCUUGUAUGUUCCAUUGGUAGACAUGCUACCCGACAUGAGCUCACACCUGGACAAACUGAUAGCCGUGGGCAGCAAGGAAGCCAGGGUUAUCGCAGCACUUCACGCUUGUGGUCUGGUUAUAGGCACUGGGAUCAUCGUUAUCAUCGUCAACGUUAGCGGUUAUAUCGCUGCCGCAUUUACCUAG